AUGUCCCGCGAACUCGGCGACAGGCUGACAAUUAUCUUGACAACAUCUCCUACCCCUUCAAUUCCGUCUACAGAACUGAUUCGUGGUGUUCUCCGGUCUCUUGCUCCCAGCUUGUCCACUGUCCCGCUCAUCAUCACUUUUGAUGGCUUCACGAUAUGUCAAAACGACAAGUACCUCGACGGACGACUGAAGAAGGGCCAAAUCCCCCAGCAGAUGGCAGAAGCUUAUCCCUCGUAUAUCGCGAAUGUCAAACGAUUAUUCUCGCAAACAGACGUGCCAGUGGUCCAGGAAGCAGCCAUGGAUCAUCCCAAGUGGAGACCACCGAUCGUCAGCAGAGCAAUAGAAGGAGAGCGGUCUGUGACGUUUAUCCAACACCGACGCCGCCAGGGGUUCGCACUAAGCGUCGUGAGUGCGCUCAAACAUUGUACCACGCCUUUCGUCCUGGUUCUGCAACACGAUUGGGUCUUUGAGGUCGAGCCGCCGAUCCAGCAACUGCUCACCGCGCUGCGAGACGAGCCGGACGUGAACUACAUCACGUUCGUGGCGAGGAAGUCCACACGAUACGAGCUGACCAUGGGCAAUUCAAACGUCCGGCUUCGUGCUGUCUUUGACGCCGCCAAAGCCAUGAGGCGUGGUUCGCCGCUCCAGUCGGAUCUUGUUCCCUGCCUCCACUUCUACGAUAGGCCUCAUCUCAUUUCAGUCGCCAAGUAUUACGAGAUUCUCGACGCGUAUCCGAAGCUGCGCAAGGGGGACUUUUUCGAGGAUGCAAUCGGGACGAGGUUCUCACACUCAAUCAGUGGUGCAUGCUCGAAUGAGGACGCCAUCCAGGCGUGGAAGAGGAUCGGAACGUGGAUGUACGCUCCUGACGGCGGUUUGUCACGGGCCGUUCGUCAUACUUCUGGACGCACUACGUUGGCGGAAGAACAAGAAAAGGCUCGGAAGCAGGCGUACAUCACGGAGAAUCUACUAGCAAAGCUAGAAGGCCGCGAGCCGCGACAUGCUGCUCCACUUGUUGACGCUCGUAAUUCUGAACGAGUAUCUGGCUAA